AUGCCAUCCCGGUCCGGACGCAUUUUACCGAUCUCGAACUCCGGCUUCUCUGUCUUUCCCUCGAACCCUUCCUCACUCUCUACUUUUGAGAGCACCCUGUACCCAUCUCAGCAUCAGAAUGACCCUACAAUGCCGUCAAUGAACGGGAACUCGCCCACAAGCCCGUACAACCGCGGGCACCACCGCUCUAUCAGUCACCCGUUUAGCUCUCCGUUUACUGGACUUGGGAAGAAGCGCGACAAGGCCGUGGCCAAGAAUACCGCUUGGAACUCGGACUCGGACUCUGACGAGGUCACAUUUUCUGCUAAAUCUCCUGCCACAAGUCCCCGCAAGGAUGUACCCAAAGGAGGACCCGGAGGUGAUCUUGCGGAAGGGAAGUGCUCGACCUGUAACUCGACUGUGCGAUGGCCACAGCAUCUGCAGGUCUACCGCUGCACUUCCUGCUUGAUGGUCACCGAUAUUACUGUGAAUCUGCCGAAGAAAGCGAAUGGUACGGCUGAUCCAAGGGGGAAAGAUCGGCUACAAAAACCACUCCCUCCAGACCCGCCUGAGUCCCAGCUACCACUGCCGCAUGAGUCGAGGCUAGUUGCUCCAUUGUUGGUCAAUCAUACCAGGCGUAUUAUUGACGGAUGUCUCAAUACGUACUUCCAGACUCUCCUUGAUGGGCCCCGCUCAGGGGUGGCGCUGGAUGACAACCGCGCAGGUACAGUUCGUCCUACAAAUGGUCAACCAUAUACCAUGUCCCCUGGACCUGGCCCUGUUUCUGGACAGCUUUCAGCCCCACAAAAUCCCCGUAGCAGGAGCACGUCGACAUCCACUGAGCGGGAAGGAUCUUACGGGGUAGAAAAUUCUCUCCUAAAACCACAUGUUGUUCCAUUGCAAGGAAAGGGCAUGCCGAUCCGGAAUCGUGCAAAUUCUGAUUUGCAGGAUGGCUUGAAAGCAGACCAGCGACCACCGCCGACGACACAGCCUAAAGAUUCCGAGGGAAAAGAUCGCGAGAACCAGCCAGUAGUGUUCAAGCGACUGGAAAGCUACAUCAUCGCGGCUUUCAAAGGAUGUGAUGCGCUCAACGCGUCAUUUCCCGUUUACCGGCCGUCCAUGCGAUCUGCCAGCAGUGGCAAUCCCCCAAGAGUCAAGUUUGACCAUCAAAGCAUACCUGACCUGGCCGCCAACGCUCCUGUGUUUGAGCCCGAUGCUAAAACGCUUCUUCUGGGAGAUGUUGCAGAGAAUUCAACUUGGUGGAUGACGGAGUGGGCGGAGGCGGAGGGACAAGUUCCCCCAAAUGCCAAGGAAAAAAGUCCAGAUAAAUCUCGUUCGGUAUCAUCUCGAAGCCCUCGUAUCAACUGGGCCGAAGCCAACCAGUGGUAUCAGUUGGUUCUGACUGCGGGGAGCUCUUGGUCGGAAAGGUGGGCAGCCAUGAAGCCAGAACUAUCACCGCGCCCAGACACGGAUCUGGCGAGAUAUAAAAGAUGGGAGUCGGUUGAGCCUUCUACGAUUGAGAAGGUUAUAGCCGAAUCUCAAAUGCAUCUCCAGCGAACAUUGAUGAAAGCUACCGAGAAUCUUCUCAAACGCCCUCGGAAGAUUUUGAAGAAACCAGAAGACUCGAGGUUUCUACUCAUCCUGUUGGCGAACCCUCUACUGUCAUCUCCGAUAGCCUACUCUCCGUCUAAAACUUCUCCAUCAUCCCAUCGAGAUGAACGGCGUCCAUCUUAUCCAGAAGAUAUUCCUCGAUCAACAACGAGGGAUGGCAAAUUUUCUAGGAAAGACGCCUCUACGCCGGUUGCUCGCUCUGGAAGCUCCAACCAUCACUACGGGAUAUUGAAGCGAAUUCUGGGUCUGAUGGCUAACAUGCCAAAUGAUUGCCAUCACUACUUUAUCUCCUGGUUUGCACGUUUCCCGCCGAGUCAAUUCGAACGCCUCGUGGAGUUGGUGGGUGGAUUUGUUACAUAUCGAUUGAUUCGUCAACACGGUCGCAAGCGCAGCGAAAACCCCAAGGAUGGAAAUGAAUUGAUCCCAAGUUUUGCCAGUGCCUCCGGAAAUACUCCCGCUGAACUGCAUGCUGCUAUCAAUCGACGUCAUCCUAGCAAGCCACCUCCCAAGAAAAAGGAGUCUCCUAUUAUUUAUGCCGAAGACUGGCAAAUCAGAGCAGCGGCAAGGAUCAUGUCCUUGCUAUUUACGGCAAAUAUUUCUCAAGUGCCACGCAAGCCCGAUGGUCCAAUUGCGAGGGCAUGUCGUCCCACUGACUCUGCGAAUGGGUAUAUUCACCAUUGUAUGGUCCCCAUUAGCUCGUUCUACAACACAUUGCUAGACUACUCGGACCUUGUGACGGACUUUGAGACCUGGGAGGCACGAGGUUCAAAAUUUUCGUUUUGCCAAUACCCUUUCUUCCUCAGCAUCGGAGCGAAAAUUCAUAUUCUCGAGCAUGAUGCACGUCGUCAGAUGGAGGUGAAGGCCCGCGAGGCCUUUUUCAACAGCAUUCUUAACCACCGGGCGGUCAGCCAGUAUCUUGUAUUGAAGGUGCGGCGAGAAUGCCUAGUCGAAGACAGUCUUCGCGGUGUAAGUGAAGUCGUGGGCACAGGUCAAGAGGAGAUCAAAAAGGGCCUUCGAAUCGAAUUCCUUGGGGAAGAAGGAGUUGACGCCGGAGGUCUGCGCAAGGAAUGGUUUCUUUUACUUGUUCGUGAGGUGUUUGAUCCGCAUCAUGGACUUUUUGUCUACGAUGACGACUCCAAGUAUUGCUACUUCAAUCCUUUCUGCUUCGAGUCUUCCGAACAAUUUUUUCUGGUCGGGGUUUUGCUCGGACUUGCAAUCUACAACUCCACCAUCCUUGACGUGGACUUGCCUCCAUUUGCGUUCAGAAAAUUGCUGGCAUCAGCACCACAAAAUACUCUCCCGCAGACGACAAACUCCCCACGAUCGAAAUUCAAGUGUACUUUGGAUGAUCUUGCCGAGUACCGUCCAGCCCUCGCUAAAGGACUUCGCAUGCUUUUGGAGUACGAAGGAGAUGUCGCUGAAACAUUUUGUUACGACUUCGUUGCUCAGGCCGACCGGUAUGGAGAGACGGUUAGCGUGCCUCUUUGUACGGGAGGCGAGAAGCGACCCGUCACCAAUGCAAAUCGGCGCGAGUUUGUGGAUGCGUAUAUCUACUAUCUUCUUGACACCGCCGUGGCUCGACAGUACGAACCGUUCAAAAGGGGGUUCUUCACAGUCUGUGGCGGCAAUGCCUUGUCGCUAUUCCGACCAGAGGAAAUUGAGUUACUUGUGCGCGGCUCCGACGAGCCACUCGAUGUGGCUUCCCUGCGUGCGGUAGCCACUUACGAUAACUGGUCCCAUCACCACCCGGAGUCAAUCCCUGUGGUCCAGUGGUUCUGGGAAUUCUUCGAGACCGCCCCGCCCCCGUCGCAACGCAAAAUCCUCUCAUUCAUUACUGGAAGUGACCGCAUACCUGCCAUGGGUGCUACGAGUCUGACCAUUCGACUGGCUUGUCUAGGCGACGAUUCUCCCCGAUACCCCACUGCGCGAACCUGCUUCAACACACUGAGCUUAUACCGAUAUGCUACACGCGAAAAACUGCACAGGCUGCUCUGGGAUGCAGUCGCGAACAGCGAAGGAUUUGGCCUGAAAUGA